UCGCUGCGCGCUCAGUUCUCUGGGCAUUGUCGAGCGCUGCGGUCGCUUAUUUUUCUCGAUCGCUUCAGUUAAAUCUUUGUCUUUGCAUUCUUUGCGUUUUCGUCGCUGACGGCGCUGCGCAUGCGAAAGAAUAACGCGCAAGUAGUAAACUAAAAUAACGGAAUAUAAGAAACAACAAUAAUAAUUAUGGCUAUUUAAGCAACCUCGACGAAGUGCGAAUUCAAGUGCAAAUAAUUUUAAAAUGAAGAAAAAAAUAACUUAAAAAGUUGUCCAUGUUUUGUGCGUUGCCAGCAGAAUUGAAGCAACAUUUCGCAAUUUCCGAGUGAAACGGCUCUUCUGACCGACAAAAAAGUCAGAUUUUUUGUUUAUUUUACAUUAUUGAUCGGCGGGUUUCUCAUUUACGCAACGCCGACGCUUAUCACCAAGCCAAGCCAGAAAGGCAACGUUCCUGCCUUUCUCAAUAGCCAAAUCAGCCAAAGUAAAUAGCAUUCGAAGCGAGUCCAUUAGCGUAUGCCCAAAUAUUUGAGGCUCUCCUUCUCGCUGUGCUGAUAACGAUGCCCACACACAUUGCCAGCAAGGUGCACUAGAGCCACACCCACACAAUGAGCAGCCUUCGGCCCGCUAGUGUCUGCGAUACGACGCCGCUGCAGCGUUUUGAGAGCCAGAGCAGCAGCGGCGAGGAGCCGUCCUCGCCAACAGCGGCGAGCAUUGUAGCAGCCGCCGCCGCCGCUGCCGCCGCCGCUUCAGCUGCGUCCACUUCCAAUUCUCACCAACUCCAACUCCAGCUUCAACACCAACACCCACUGCAGCAACAGGAGCAGCUCCACAACAACAAUAAUAAUAUUAACGACAAUGUAAAAGUUGAUUUGCAGCUGCCACCGUUUGUGGGGGUUACAGCGGACGCAAUGCGUCUAGCGAAUGGACAUUCAGCAAAUGGCGCCAAGCAGCGCCGCCGUGGAACAGCUCAAAUCUUUGGACGCGUUGCAGUGGACGUGAGUCUGCUUUUCUGCCUUGGCUUCACCAUGUUCGGCUUAUCGUUGUACGUUGAGCCGCAUAAGCGUGGUUUCUUCUGCAACGAUCUCUCUUUGAGGCAUCCUUAUAAGGAAUCCACCAUACGUAGUUGGAUGCUGUAUCUGAUGUGUGUAUUGCUGCCCGUUGCUAUGAUUUUGCUGGUUGAAUUUUAUAGGGCGCAGGACUGGUCGAGGCAUCAUAAUCAGCCGGGCAGUGGCUACUAUUUGUGCCACAUGGAGCUCCCACACUGGGCGGUGGACAGCUAUCGUAUGAUUAGCACCUUGUUUUUUGGUCUGGCAGUCGAGCAGAUGACAACGGACUUGGCCAAAUAUACCAUUGGACGAUUGCGACCUCAUUUCUUUACCCUCUGUAAGCCUAUGCUACUCGAUGGGACGACUUGCGCCGAUUACGUCAAUGAAGGCCGCUACAUUGAGGAGUACACUUGCACGGCUAAAGAUAUAAGUGUGAAGCAAUUCAAGAAUAUGCAUCUCUCUUUUCCUAGUGGCCAUUCAAGCUUUGUAUUCUUCUCCAUGAUCUACUUGGCGAUCUAUUUGCAGCGUCGCGUGAACUGCUCGCGCCUUCGAAUGCUGCGACACCUGUUGCAAUUCCUCUUGGUAAUGUUCGCCUGGUAUACGGCUCUGACGCGUGUCUCCGACUACAAACACCAUUGGUCAGAUGUCUUAGCUGGCAGCGCGAUAGGCAUUGUCUAUGCUUUUCUAGUGACAUCGAAUUUUUGGUAACCUGACAAAAUCGAACCGAGUUCAAACCCCAAUCAAUUGGCUUUUAAAUUUUACGUUCAUGGAUUGCCUUCGUCUCUACGUAUGUGUGCAACUCUAUUUAUAACUGUUUCUGCGAAUAUGGUGCAUAUAUAUG